GAAUGGCACCAUCCACUUACGAGAUAUUAUGCAGACAAGUAGUUACGUGCCCAUCUUUAAAAGAGCCAGAAGUUCCGCAUGGAAAACCACCUGUCCCAGUUGAGAAAAAAGUUCUUGUAACUCUCUGGUACCUCGGUUCCCAGGACACAUCAAAGCAGAUAUCAGAUCGUUUUAACAUAACCGAGUCGACUGUUAUUAAAUGUAUAGGCAAUGUCAUUGAUGCAUUGGGAGUUCAUUUGCGCAGACAUUAUAUAAAAUGGCCAAAUGAUCAAGAAAAGGCAGUAAUAAGUAAUUAUUAUUUCAACAAGAAUGGGUUUCCUGGAAUUAUUGGCUUUAUCGAUGGCACUCACGUUGAAAUAAAAGCCCCCCCAAGAAAUGAUAAACAGGUUUUCAUAAACAGGAAGGGGUAUUAUUCUAUGAAUAUACAGGCUGUUUGUCGUGAAGACAUGAGUCACUUGUAUACCCAUGUGUGUGUGGGCUGGCCGGGCAAUGUGAAUGAUAGUCGUGUUGUACGAAACAGCGAUCUCUGGGAUAAUAAUCAUCUUUUUGGCGAGAGGCAUUUAAUUGGGGAUGGAGGAUAUCCUUGUAAGAGUUGGUUGAUCAUACCCUAUAGAAAUGAUGGUAAUCUUACUCAAGCACAGAGAAGAUUCAAUUAUCUUUUAUCAAGUAAUAGAUCAAUCAUUGAGAGAUCAUUUGGGAGAGUUAAAGGUCGAUUUCGAAGACUAAUGUUGUUGAAUUGUAGGUCAGUUAAGAAAACAAUCAAAGUUAUUAUGUCCUGUUUUGUCCUACACAAUGUAUGCAUCAUGUCAAAUGAUGACCUUGAGGGUCUAAAUAUCGAAGAGAAUGGUUUAAAUGAUAACCUGGGACAUAAUCCAGCAGGUGUCUUGGAAAAUGAUGCUCAGGGUGCUAACAAAAGAGACAUCUUGAGACGACAGAUUGUUGGAGAGUAA